GUGUGAAACAGCUGUAGAUUCAAUCAGUGUAUAGAACAGGUACAAGACGACACAUCAAUCGGUAGGUUCUUUCUGUCCAAGAAACGUUCCAUCCAUCGACAUCUAUUUUCUUUUUUUUUUUCGCAUUUUAUGGCGAACCACUUAUCGCGGUGCGUUAUCAGUGACAGAGAAAAGUGAAACUGAAAUGAAAGAUCAUGGUGAACAGCGCAGCAAAAUACUAAGGUGGUACAUUCGUGGCAACUGUUAGAUGAAGAAAUUGGUGAAUCACGUGCUUAAACGUUCUCACGUGAGUACCAGUCAGGUGAUUGUAAACUGUGUCCUCGCACGUCAAACUGUUUGCUAUACUUACUAAUUGUCACUCGAAGAUCCGUUAAUUGCCGGCUCAUUUCGUCGACGUUGAAUGGAAAGGGGGUAUGCGUUCAAUUAAUGAGACGAUGCAGUUCGCAUAGUGAGAAGACACGCUGAUGGAGUACGACGGAGAGUCGGUUGAAGCUCAAAAUCAAAGUUCUUCCUUCGUCGUGGUCUACCAUUCAAAUCGAGUCAGCGAAGUACAUCGUGUUUUCAGGAUUCCAAGUUAAAAUGUGCUGAAAUUGUUUGGUUCAGGUCAAAGAAAGACUGACUGAGGUGAAGAAAAUUUUAAUGACAUGACUGGAUUCAGUUUCGAAAAGUUAUUGAAGAACAGAAUUCCUGUUCUGAAUUGGCUACCCCUGUACAGAACAAAGGAUGCAUUGGGUGAUCUGGUUGCGGGUUUCACGGUGGGCCUGACCCUGAUACCACAGGCGAUCGCGUACGCUGGAUUGGCUGGUCUGACCCCGCAAUAUGGUCUUUACAGCGCGUUUGUUGGAAGUUUCGUUUACAUAAUUUUUGGUACCUGUCGAGAAGUUAAUAUUGGCCCAACUGCGUUGAUCUCUUUGUUAACAUACACGUACGCGAGAGGUAUUCCCGAGUACGCUAUCCUCCUGUGUUUCUUGUCAGGAAGCGUUACGAUAGUUCUCGGAAUCCUUCGACUGGGAUUUCUGGUGGAGUUUGUUUCCAUACCUGUCGUAUCGGGAUUCACGUCAGCCGCCAGUCUAAUUAUCGCCUGCAGUCAAAUCAAGAGUUUAUUAGGCUUGAAGAUACACGGGGAAAGUUUCAUCGAGAUUUGGCGGGAAUUGGUUAGCAACAUCCACCGGACCAGAAUCCCUGACCUGAUCUUGUCUUGCUGCUGCAUUCUAAUUCUAUUAACCUUGAAGAUACUCAAAGAUGCCAAGGUCUCGAAUAAAAUUUUAAGCAAACUGAUCUGGUUCCUUGGAACUGGUAGAAACGCCCUCGUCGUAAUUUUAUGCGCCGUGGUAUCGUACGUCUUCGAAAGUCGCGGUGGAGCACCUUUCAUUCUUACAGGUCACGUUGAGGCCGGACUACCCUCCGUUACUCCACCACCUUUCUCGAUAAACGUUGGAAAUCAAACCGUAACUUUCCUCGACAUGUGCAAAAAUUUAGGUACCGGUAUUAUAAUCGUUCCUUUGAUCUCGAUCAUUGGGAAUGUUGCCAUCGCGAAGGCGUUUUCACGAGGAAAGUCGCUCGAUGCUACUCAGGAGAUGUUAACUUUGGGUCUGUGCAACGUUGUUGGAUCAUUUUUCCAUUCCAUGCCGGUCACUGGUUCGUUUUCCAGAAGCGCCGUGAACGAUGCUUCCGGCGUAAGGACGCCCUUGGGCGGUAUCUACACAGGUAUUCUAGUCAUUCUUGCUCUGAGCUUAUUCACACCGUACUUCUAUUACAUUCCAAGAGCGACCUUAAGUUCCGUGAUAGUUUGUGCGGUGAUAUUCAUGGUCGAGGUGAAAAUGAUACGACCUAUUUGGAAAUGCAGCAAACGAGAUCUGAUCCCGACAUUUACAACAUUCUUCGCAUGUUUAUUCGCCGGUGUUGAAUUGGGAAUUUUAAUAGGAGUAGCAAUUGAUCUGGCAAUAUUAAUUUAUUUCAACGCCAGGCCGACAAUAUAUAUCGAAUACAGAAAUACUCCUACGUUAAAUUACAUCCUCGUGCGUCCCAGCGCCGGGUUGCUGUUCCCAGCGGUGGAUUACCUGAGGAUAUACCUGUUAGAGAACUUAGCUAAUGAUCAUCAUAAAUUACUGAAAAACUUCAAGAACACGAAAAUCGUCGUACUAGAUUGCAAGCACAUCGAUAAAAUUGAUUUCACUGCGGCGCAUGGAUUAAAUAUGGUAGUGAGAGACUUUAAGGAACAGAAUCAUUUCUUGAUAAUGCUACGACCGUCCAAGGAAAUCGUACAAAGUAUCCAAUCGCUCUCCAAAGAAACGAUCGAUGUGGUCAAUACCGAUGCCGAGCUCGUAGCUAUUUUGAAAGAAUUGAGUACGACCAAAGUAGCUAAAGAAAUUGGUGCAGAAGUAAUAGAUAUGUCGAAUGGGAUAACUAUCAGUGCCACGAGAUGUGAACUAACGAGUACGAAGCUUUGAAACGAACUCUAAAUUUAAGGCAUGAAAAUUAAAUAGAGAUACCGAUAAUUGAAUCUUCAACAAAAUAUUUGGAAUUUCUACAGACUCCUCUUUUUUUGUUCCUUUUUUGUUUUUUUAAUAUAUAUAUAUAUAUAUAAUAUAAUAUUGAAAUUGAAUUGUGAGACUAUCAACGAUAUCGUAUAAAAUCGUAAUGAACAUUAACGUAUGUUUAUGAUGUAUAUAUGAACCGUAAGAUAAUUCGCAAGUUUUUUUUUUUUUAACUUUUUAUAAAGAUAUACGAAUCGACCAGCAAUGAUAUAAUUCAUCAGAAAUUACUUUAUUUUAUCUAUUUCAAAGAGAUUCUAUUGACACGUGCAUUUCAUAAUACAGAUGAAAGAAUAAUACUGUGGUUAUAAAUGCAUAUCAGAAUAUGUCGAGGGAUUAUAAUAUAUUUAUAUAUAUAUAUAUAACAUCUACCAAAUAUGGCAAGUUUACGUUUUAUUUUGUAAAAACUUGUAAGUCCUCGAAAAAUAAACUAUAUGAUAUUUCUUAACAAUAUAA